GUGAAGAUGAAGGUGGCCGGCAGUUUGGAAAUCCUCACUUUGCUGGCAGUCGCAGUUCAUCAACUUUCCCUCGUCACUGGAAACUCUACGGUGGUGGUAACCUACGAAAACGUGAACGAAUUUAUCGAUUCCAAUGAGUUGGUGUUGCUCAGUUUUUAUGCGGAGUGGUGCCGUUUUAGUAAGAUUUUGGAACCUAUUUUCGAGGAGGCGGCGGCGAAGAUUCAUCAGAAAUUCCCCGAACCUGGCCGUGUGAUCCUGGGAAAAGUAAACUGCGACAAAGAAGAAAUACUGGCCGACCAGUUUCGUAUAAUUAAGUAUCCGACGAUAAAGAUCGUCAGGAAUGGAUUGAUUAGCAAUCAGGAGUACCGUGGCCAGAGAUCUUUGGAGGCCUUUGUGCAGUUUGUGGAAAAGGAGCUAUCGGAUCCAAUCAAGGAGUUCCACACAAUCGACGAGCUGAAAAGCGCCGACGUGGGCAAUGGUAUGGUUAUUGGAUAUUUUAUUUCGAAGGACCACGUCGAAUACGAUACAUAUCGCAGGGUAGCGAGCCUAAUGCGUAACGACUGUAGGUUCCUUGUGGGCUUCGGUGACUUGACUAAGGAGCUUCGUCCACCUGGAAAGAACACCCUGAUCUUUCGAGGUGAUCCCUCGAUUCCAAAUCCCAAGCACGCUUACAAUGAGUACCAGGGCAACAUGACCAGCUUUGCAAGUCUCACCGCUUGGAUUGAGAAAAGGUGUGUGCCGCUGGUUCGAGAAAUUACAUUCGAUAACGCCGAAGAGCUUUCCGAGGAGGGAUUGCCAUUAGUAUUGCUGUUUUACAACAAAUACGAUUUGGAUCCCAUCCAGGAAUUCAAGAAGGCAAUUCAUCGCCAGCUAGAGAAUGAGACGAGGGUAAAUUUCCUGAUUGCUGAGGGAGAGCUCUUCAAACACCCGCUCUACCAUAUGGGCAAGUCCCUGGAUGAUCUGCCAGUAAUCGCCAUCGAUUCUUUCAUCCACAUGUACCUAUUUCCGCGGUUCGAGGAUAUUCACCAGCCCGACGUCCUCAAAAAGUUCAUAGAUGAUCUGUUCAACGGAUCCCUUCAUUUUAAUUUCCACUUAGCGCUCGAGGAUGACGAAAAAUCCGAGUCUACGAUCGAUCCUGUUCAACUCCCACCGGUUGUCCACGAAUCCAAGUUUAAGGAACUUAGGCCCUCAAAACACCGCUAUACUCUGAUCAACAAUACUAGAGACGAGUUGUAGGAUCAGUUAAAAAUAUAUUUUCCCUCUUCUUAAAAUUUUCAUUUAAAUUUCUUUGGUAACUUGAGCUUCUAGUAAUGCUUUUAAAUAAAAUACAAAUAAAAUAGUA